AUGUCCAAGUCAUUCCAGCAGUCAUCUCUCAGUAGGGACGCGCAGAGUCAUGGGCGUGGCCUGUCUGCAGCAGGAAUAGACCUUCUUGCUGCUGCUACCCAGUCUUUAAAUAUGCCGGCAUCUCUUGGAAGGAUGAAUCAGGGUACUGCAUGCCUUGCUAGUUUAAUUAAUCUUGGAAUGAGUUCUUCAUUGAAUGAACAAGAAGCUCAUAGUGCACUGUCUUCUGCUAGUACUCCUUCCCAUAAUUUGCAGUCUAUAUUUAACAUUGGAAGUAGAGGUCCACUUCCUUUGUCUUCUCAACACCGUGCAGAUGCAGACCAGGCCAGUAACAUUUUGGUCAGCUUUGGUUUAUCUGCUAGAGACUUAGAUGAACUGAGUUGUUAUCUAGAGGACAAGAUCACUCCUGAGAAUUUGCCCCAAAUCCUUCUACAACUUAAAAGGAGGAGAACUGAAGAAGGCCCUACAUUGAGUUAUGGUAGAGAUGGCAGAUCUGCUACACGGGAGCCACCAUACAGAGUACCUAGGGAGGAUAGGGAAGAUAAAAGGCACUUUAGAAGAGAUAGUUUUGAUGAUCAUGGUCCUAGGCUCAACCCAGUGCUUGAUUAUGACCAUGGAAGUCAUUCUCAAGAAUCUGGUUAUUAUGACAGAAUGGAUUAUGAAGAUGACAGAUUAAGAGAUGGAGAAAGGUGUAGGGAUGAUUCCUUUUUUGGCGAGACCUUGCAUAACUAUCAUAAAUUUGACAGUGAGUAUGGGAGAAUGGGAUGUGGUCCUGGCCCCUUACAAGAGAGAUCUCUCUUUGAGAAAAAGAUGGGCGCUCCUCCAAGUAGCAUUAUUGAAGACUUCCAUGGACUCUCACCGAAGGGUUAUCCCCAUCUGUGCUCUAUAUGUGACUUGCCAGUUCAUUCUAAUAAGGAGUGGAGUCAACAUAUCAAUGGAGCAAGUCACAGUCGUCGAUGCCAGCUUCUUCUUGAAAUCUACCCAGAAUGGAACCCUGACAAUGAUACAGGACAUACAAUGGGUGAUCUGUUCAUGUUGCAGCAAUCUACAAACCCAACACCAGGAAUUCUGGGGCUUCCACCUCCCUCAUUUCAUCUUGGGGGACCAGGAGUUGGACCAAGAGGAAAUCUGGGUCCUGGAAAUGGGAACCUGCAAGGACCAAGACACAUGCAAAAAGGCAGAGUGGAAACUAGCUGAGUUGUUCACAUCAUGGAUUUUCAGCAAGAAAACUUGAGAUAUCAAUUACUAUAGCUGGUGGAACCAUUUGGAGUCAUUUCAAAUCAUCUCAUUUUAAAUAAAAGUAAUGAGGCAUUUAUUGAAAUGGCAACUACAGAAGAUGCUCAGGCUGCAGUAGAUUAUUAUACAACAACACCAGCAUUAGUAUUUGGCAAGCCAAUGAGAGUUCAUUUAUCCCAGAAGUAUAAAAGAACAAAGAAACCCGAAGGGAAGCCAGACCAGAAGUUUGAUCAAAAGCAGGAGCUUGGAUGUGUGAUACAUCUUAGCAACUUACCUCAUUCUGGCUAUUCUGACAGUGCUGUCUUUAAGCUUGCUGAGCCUUAUGGGAAAAUAAAGAAUUAUAUAUUGAUGAGAAUGAAAAGUCAGGCCUUUAUUGAGAUGGAGACCAGAGAGGAUGCAAUGGCAACGAUCGACCACUGUUUGAUAAAGGUCCUUUGGUUUCAAGGGAGAUGUGUGAAAGUUGACCUGUCUGAAAAAUAUAAAAAAUUGGUACUAAGGAUUCCUAACAGAGGGAUUGACCUACUGAAAAAAGAUAAAUCUCGAAGAAGAUCUUAGUCUCCAGACAGCAAAGAAUCUCCGAGUGAUAAGAAAUCCAAAACUGACGGUUUCCAGAAGACUGAAAGUACAGCUGAAGGUAAAGAACAAGAAGAAAAGUCAGAUGAAGAUGGCGAAAAAGACACAAAAAAUGACCAGGCAGAACAAGAACCUAGCAUGCUUCUUGAAUCUGAAGAUGAGCUACUCAUGGAUGAAGAAGCAGCAGCACUGCUAGAAAGUGGCAGUUCAGUGGGAGAUGAGACAGAUCUUGCUAAUUUAGGUGAUGUGACUUCUGAUGGGAAAAAGAAACCUUCAGACAAAGCUGUGAAAAAAGAUGGAAGUGCAAGUGCUUCAGUGUCAAAGAAAAAGCUUAAAAAGGUGGACAAGAUGGAAGAACUUGAUCAAGAAAACAAAGCAGCGUUGGAAAAUGGAAUUAAAAAUGAGGAAAAUGCAGAACCAGGCGCUGAAUCUGCCGAGAAUGCUGCUGAUCCCAACAAAGACACAAGUGAAAAUGCAGCUGGCCAAAGUGAUGAAAACAAGGAAGACUGUACAAUCCUAGGUGAGUAUAGAAUUGGACCAUAUCAGCCCAAUGUUCCUGUUGGUAUAGACUAUGUGAUACCUAAAACAGGGUUUUACUAUAAGCUGUGUUCACUCUUUUAUACAAAUGAAGAAGUUGCAGAGAAUACUCGUUGCAGCAGCCUUCCUCAUUAUCAGAAAUUAAAGAAAUUUCUGAAGGCAGAAGAACGCAGGCAGAAGAAGGAAACUUAA